AUGCUUCUCGACACCGUCGUCACCGGCCUUUUGCUGGCCGCCAGCGCCGCCGCCAUCCCCAUCGAGAACCCCAUGGAACUCAUCAAGCGCGCCCCGAGCGCCGGCGUCGUGAUCCAAAAGUGCGCCAAGCCCGGCGUCUUCGCCCUCGCCUAUGACGACGGCCCGUACCAGUACACCUCGCAGCUCGUCGACAUCCUCAACAACGGCGGCGCAAAGGCCACCUUCUUCAUGACGGGCACCCUCUACGGCUGCAUCUACAAUCAGCGCGCUGCCGUGAAGAAGGCCUUUGACGCCGGCCACCAAAUUGCCUCCCACACCUGGACGCACCCCUCCAACCUUGCCAGCCUCAGCCAGGCGCAGCUCACAAGCGAGAUGCAGAAGCUCGAGCAGGCCACCGUCAACAUCUUUGGCAAGAAGCCCGCCUACAUGCGUCCGCCGUACCUCGCCACCAGCGGCUCCGUGCUCCCGACCAUGAAGACGCUGGGGUACAAGGUCAUCACCGAGGACGUUGACUCGGGCGACUGGAACGGCCAGACGCCGGCGCAGAGCGAGGCCAAGUUCACGGCCGCCGGCACCAGCGGAAACGGACACAUCCCCCUCAUGCACGAGACCUACUCCACCACGGUGCACACCUUGACGCCGUGGUUGAUCAACUGGGCGAAGCAGAACAACCUGAAGCUGGUCACUGUUGCUGAGUGUCUCGGUGAUGCUAACGGCGCGUACCAGCCAGGCACUUUCACUGGCAAUGGCGCGACGACUUGCUAG